GAAGGAUCUCUCCCACUGAUAAUUGAAAUUGUCAAAGUUGCCAACAAGAAGAUGCGUCAGGCUUGAAAAAACAAAUGCAAGCGAAGUAAAUUUUCGCACUCCCUUUUAAGUCUAUCCUUCCUCUCCUUUUUUUCUAGCGUGAAAUGUUUUUCAUUUGAUUUUUUUGGUGCUGCCCUGACACUAGUUCAAAUUAAAUUAAAUUAUUUGUUUAGAAGAAAACUUUACAUUGGAGAUCCUGACGUAAGAUUCUACCAAAUCAAAACGGUGGAAAUGCGGUGAUCUAUUAUAAUCAACGCUUCUUCCUUUUUCUUUAAGAUACAUGAUACGAACAAACAUAAAGACAGCUAGCCUUAGAUCUUUCCACGGCACUAAGGAACAUUUCAGGACUAAAAUGUAAGUACGUUUCAUAUGUAAAUUAUACUUGUAGUUGAAUAUCACAACAAUGUCUUAGACUCACAAUUGAAAAAAAAAUUGAGACGGUAAGGAAAAAAGCGCCUUUUUACAGUUCGUCUGGCCAUUUCCGCGAUCUCAACUAGUCGAAACGAGCGAAAAGAAAGUCGAAACUGGAUCACAAAGGUGGACAUUGAGAGCUAGGAAGGGAGGGCCGUAUUUUUUUGUGACGCUAAAUCUUUUGUUCAUUCGUCAUCACUAAAUGGCGGGUUGAAAGCAAUACAAAUAUCUCGUCUAGUUUUGUAACAAAAGUGAAGAGUCAAAAGCCAUAAAGUGAUGAGUUUAAUACUGCGGAUCACUGCGAUGUAGCAAAUAUUUACUGAAGUACAUUUUUCAACUCUUUUAUUGUUCAGAGGGAAAAAUUAAGAUUUCAGUUGCUCUUUUGUUAAAAAAGGGAUACUAUCAAGCUAAACAGCUGCGCAGAGGUUAAUCUUUUGACUUCCUGUACAAAAAAGAACGCCUGUAGUUUCCUGCUACCUAGACUCACCUAGGCAAACGGUUGAUUUUCCCCGCUUCAUCAAUGGUGCACAGAGACAAUACAUGUGCGGCGAAACUUUGCUUUGUAUUUUUUCCCUUUUCCUCGCUGUUUUGCCGUUUUCUCUCGUCAAAUACAGUACAAUUGGACAGUUUAUUUACAAAAAUGCUAAAAACGUGUACGUGUCUGUCAGUCUGUAAAAUUCGCCUUUUCCCUGGUCCAAAUUUAAGAGAAAAUUUGCAAAGCACAAUAACUUUCGCGGAUUCAAAAACAGAAAACAAACCUGUAAAAGCUUCCACAACAGUUCCGCCGCGCGCCGGGACCUGAUUGUAUCAGUUGCAUAUUUUUUCAGUUUGCAAACUUAGCGAUUCUAAUCGUCACUCUACCGCUCUUUUUCAAUAGAAGUUUGGAAGAAGGAAAAAUUGGGAUUAUGACAUUCUGGGAUGGAAGAUUCAACUACACAGUUCGUCUGUGAGUGAAUUAGUAUGAUAACAAAGAUAUCAGAAAUAUGAAUAUUAUGUGCAGCUAUUUUUGCCUUCAUCAUUAGCCCCUACAUAGCGAUUACUUAGUCUUUUUUUUUCUUAUUUUUCACUUUAGCGGCGUAGGGCAUGAUGAUUCUGAAUAUAUCGACGUCUCCUCUUUCACAGAAUGGUCUUGGAUUAAUGACCAACUACUACCAGCUUUCAAACAAUCUGGAUUUGCCAAUCAAAGUCUUGGAAAAUACAAAUUACUUCCAUGUUCACUGGGGUGGUUCGUUAAUGCCUCCUCUGAAGCCAAUAAAUGCAUAGAGUGUCCAGCGGGUAAAUUAGUUCUUAGUCUAACUGACAAUACAUCUUUAAAUCGUGGAGAUUCCCUUGAUAUGGACAAUUUGCUCUCGUUGUUUAACGUGAACUUUAUAGAGUAUCAGAUGAAGUGUUUUUCUUUCUUAAUAGAAUACUUAAAGCAGAAAGAUCUUUCAGAUGUCUACAAUUUUUUUAACUAAAGAACAGUCCUCGCUAUUUCUUUUGGUCUGAUUGGAAAGCAAGUAUCAGGAAAGAAAUCCAGUUCCGGUAGUCUAACAGUGACGAUGUUGAUCCACUAAAAUAGGAUAAUCAUAAUGUUUAGUAAUUAUAAAUACAGUAACAGUUUCAGGUAUUAGUAUUGGAACUGCUUUUUAUCCACGAUAACUGAGGCCGCCAUCUUUUUAAAUUACCUGAUUACUGUUUACUUGUAAGUUACAAAAUGAAUCUAAAAUCCUGCUCGAAUCCCCAGCUAAUAUGAAGCAAACGUUCAAUUGCUUUGAUUGUACCAUGUGAAUAGGCUUCAGUAGCCUAAACUAAAGUGCGUUAUCUCUGUACGGUAUUUUUAGCUGCUUGUCUCACUAAAAAGAAAAAGAACAAGACAGGCUCACGCUAUCGCGAAAAAACUUCGCAUAGUUUUAGUACCUCUUCAGCUUAACAGAUUAACGUGAUGAAAUGUCAUUUAUGACUUUAUGACGUUAUUAGUGUAAAAGUUGACAUUUUUCACCAUUAGAUACAUUUUUCUCGUCCUUAGAAUCCAAUUUCGUUGAUGGUGCUAUUUACAACAACAACAACUUUAUUUUGUAUUCUACAUUGAUUUACAUUGUAUAAAAAAUGCUAUUAAAUAUAUAGAGAGUAUAGGCUGCCCAUAAUAACCGUUGAGCGCUAAAAAGAUAGGGCAGCCUUACGUAGGUUAUUUAUAAAUGAUUUUAUUCAGUUAGUCAGGUACACACACGACACACAGCUACACAAAACACACACACACACACAAAAACGGAAAAAAUAGUAAAUAAAAGAAAAAAAUUUGCACUUCUUCUUAAGCUUGAUCAAACGAAGAUUCCCCCCAUAAAUUCAUUUUUGCCCUCGUGGAGAAAGUGGGGGUAAAAAGGGAAAAAACGUCAAGUACUCACAUUUUCAUUGGGGUCAAGUCCCGUUAGAGCGGACACCGUCGGGACCACGAGUCAGGGGAGCAAGGAGAAAUUUCUUUUAAAAACUUUGGUUUAUACGUUAACGUGUUAAGAAUUAGAUUUGGAGAACUUUAGCAGACAAAAUAUUUGGAUGGACUGAACGAACUUAUUAAUGGUAGCAAGACUAGUCAGCUGGCCUAAAGAGGUGGAGAAGAUUGAAUUUCAAUUGCUACGCCGCAACAGAAGAAAAGCGAUAACCUGAAGAAAGAGAAAUUAGAUGUUUUAAAAGAGAGAAACCAAUGUUACCACUAUUAAAUGUUGAAAGAUCCUGUCGUUUUCCAUCAAAAUGAGUGUUACAGUAGUAAAAAUGUGUUGUCAGGGUCGAUAAAAAGUGUUUCUGAAUCCUUCAAAUGUUUUAGUCCGCAAACGCCUGUAAUCUUUGCCGGGGAUUUCGGUACAAGAGAGAUGUUACUAACAGCGACGCGGCCUCAAGGCGAGAGAAUUGAAUUUAUUCCUAGGAAUUGUAGCAGUCAAAUGCUGUUUUUCCUUCUGAUUGAAAGAAUUGUGCAAUUAACGAUUAAAACAUCACAGGACGGCCAUUUUGAAUUUCGACGCUGAGUUACUCCGACUCUCGAGCCUAUAGUUGCUUGUUAACAAUAACGUCAGCAAAGAUAUAGUAAGGUUUUUCUUAAAAAAAAAAAAACGAACAAACAAGAAAACGAACGCACAAAAAAACAAAAAAUGACUUAAGAGUGAUAAUGUGCCUACCUGCCUACUUGUUUUAAAAUCCAGUUGUAAAAUGUCAAAUCCAAAAAGUAUACUUUCUUGUGUGAAAAGGGAAACAAGGCAGAUAAAAACACAAGUGAGAUAUAUUCGUAUUUUUUUUUGGUUUACACACAUUGUCCAUUUCGUCGGACUGUCGUCAUUGUCAAGUCAAGCCGCUCGUCGAAUUUCUUUUUCUUUUUGCCACCCCACGUGGCUAGCUAAGUGAAGAAAGGAGAUAUAUUUAGCCUUGAACAUGGAGUUAUAUUAAUUGAGCUUUACACAAAGUUAUCAAGUUUUUCGUCUACACAAGGUAGUGAAAUAGACGGAUUCGCUUUCGAACAGAUUCAGAGUUUCAAGGCCUCGGCGACACCUGCACCCAUAACAAUAUUAACCCGAAUACUUUCUCCUUUUGGCUGUGUGAAGUUUACAUGUUAGACAAAAGCUGAUGUUCGGUAGAUACAUUUUAUUACUGGACACAAUACUUUUCUUAAUGGCUCGGUAAAAGGACCUAAACUCCCGGGAAAAAGAAAACAAAAACUAUACAUCUCAAAAGGUGUGUAAUAAAUUAAACUUUAAUUGCAAGGUCUGCAUGAGCUCAAUUUUUUCUUUCAAGGGGCAGAUGAUAAAAUUUAUGCAGUCAUAAGUCAAUUCAAUAUUUCUGAGAGUUUAGGUUUCCAUUAAAUCCCAGUAAGUUUUCUUUUAUAUUAUUUUUACUUCUUAAUUUUCUUUGGUAGUGAUCCAUUUUUUUAUCCUUUCUUCUUCCAGGAGGUUUCUACUCAGACCAGCUGGCUUUUGUAAAUGACAGCUGCCUUCACUGCAAAAAUGGGACUUUUGUCCAUUACAAUAACGCUCCA